AUGCACGCAUACACACCGUUUUUUUUUCAAAUAAGCUGGAAUAACAAGGUUUGCCAGCCCAUCACAGCCUUAACACUUUUCUCACUUUGUCUUCCUCUUUUCUUUUUCCGGAUUCCUUCUUUCUUUCUUUCUUUCUUUCUUUCUUUCUUUCUUUCCUUUUUUAGUUCUUACAGUUUUCCUCCCUUAUUUCUUUAUUACAUUCUUUUAAUUUUCUCUGCUGCUCCCACUUUUUCCUUCAUUUUUCUUUCUUUAUUUUCUUUCUUUCUUUGUUACUUUCAUUUUUCUUUACGUCUUUAUUUUCUUCAUUUUCUUUCUUUUACUUCUCUUUUUCUUUCUUCCUAUUCCCCCACUUUAGUUUCCCUUUCAUUCUUUCUUUCUUCCUAUUACACCCUAUUUAUAUUUUCUAUUCAUUUUCUUUCUUUUGUCCAUCUUGUCUACAUUCUCUCAUUUUUAAUUUCUCAUUCUUCCUCUCAUUUUCCUUCUCUCUUUUUCUUCACUCUUUCUGCAUUUUAG